AUGCGCACCAGUGCCACGGCAUUCGAGCAGCCACUCGCCUUUGUCCGGGAACAGAUUUUAACUGAGCGUGACCACAAUAUUCUUCACAUGUAUGCUUUGAAGGUCGAGUCUGAAGAAAAAUUCAUGGUCUACACUAUUGAACUCGUGCCAGAGGGAUGCUCAAACUCCCAUGUGGUUAAAAUGAUUCAUAUGACUACUUGGCCGGAUCGAGGAUUACCGCAAAGUGGUCGUCAUGUUCUUCGUCUUCUUCGCAAAGUUGUGGUCAGCUACGCUCCGAGGCAAGCUGAUAAGCUUGACAAUGGACCAAUCGUGAUGCAUUGCUCGGCUGGUAUUGGUCGCACGGGUUGUAUCAUUAUGGUCGAUAUCAUCUUACGAAGAUUAUUCGCGGGAAGACCGGUUGAUAUGGUCGAGAUCUUCAAACAACUGCGAGAUCAACGCGCACAUUCAAUCCCAGUCGAUAUUUUAUACGUAUUUGUCGUAGUCAGUGUCCUCGAGUACAUAAGAGCGAAAUUUCCACAAAAAUAUAAAGUGAAGACGCAGAAAUUCAUGGAC